AUGGCUUCCCCGUAUCUCCUUCACCGUCUCACCGCCGACGAGAUCUUCCAAACUCUAGAGGCUUCCUCCUCCACGUCCUCCUCAUGCUACGAUGCCUUCGUGCCGGUGUUCCGCCCAGAUCCCUCGGCCUCCGCCCUGUCGGUGUCGGCGGCCGACCGCGUCCGGAGCCAGUUCCUCUCCGUGCAGCGCGACCUCUUCCACGACGCACUCGUCGCGCCCAGGAAUGACGACCUCAGCUUCCCCGAGGAGAACGAUGAGGAGGAGGAGGCCUCGAUCCGGUGGGAUUGCUUCCAAUUGGACGAGGAGGAGGAGCCAGAUCUGCCGCUGGAGGCUUCCGUACCAGCCGAGGAAUUCGACUGGGAGGAAGUCGCGUUCGCCUCUGGACCCUCGGUAGAGAAUCCGGAGCCCGAUUGGGAGAUGCUCGGCGACAUGCCGCCCAGCGCUCCCGCCGGCGCCAACGAGGGUUUCGUGUACACCUCUGACAGGGAGGCCUAUGAGGUACUCGUCGCUGUUGGGGAUGGGCUUUUCCUCACCAACAAGCCGCCGGCAGCCAGGUCGGCUGUCAAGGCGCUCCCAUCCGCCAUCGUCGCCGCCGGCGAGGAAGGGGAGGGAGAGGAGUGUUCCGUGUGUAAGGACGGGGUUGUGGCGGGGGAGCGCGUCAAGAUGAUGCCUUGCUCCCAUCGGUACCACGAGGAUUGCAUCCUUCCAUGGCUUGAGGUGCGCAACUCCUGCCCACUCUGCCGCUUUGAGCUGCCGACAGACAAUCCCAAGUACGAGACCUGGAAGGCUGAACGAGCCAUGGCUGCCUGA